CUUACCCUUCAGUUAAUACGCAGCAGUCUAGCAAAGUUUCUAGUCCAUGAAGAGAGAAAUAAACCUUUCUUCAACCCUCCCCGUCGGAAAUUUAUCUUUACAGAUACAAUAAAUCCGCCACCAUUACUGUCGAGGGUGAUUUAGACUCUUUCAAGGGGGUCUACAGUUGCAAGGUUGUCUGCGGACUACCCUUGAACUGGUUGUUGGCUACGAAGGAGUAUAUUGAGUUCGUCAUCACUGGUCCUGAUAUUUGCUGAGACUUGUUUUCCACCAUCACCAUUGCGUUCAUAAGAAUAUUCGUGUUCAAGCUUCCCUGAUAUUUACUGAACUAGAUUUUUUCUUUUUGUUUGUUUGUGACGAUGAGGUUGGAUUGUGGUAUCUCUUUGCAGCAGGAGGUUGGGUGGGAUAGACAAACUCUAAGGAUGGCCAGAUAUCUGGCUGACAGUAGAGAUGAAUCCUUCCUAGUAUACUCUGAAUCUGUCCUCCUGGAGCAAAUCAGCUCCUGGGGAAGGAAGUUCCCAACCCUUCAACCCGUUCAUGAGGUUGGAUACAACAGCCUAGGACGGGUACUGGAGGGUUUAAGCGGACACGGAGUAAGGUUGGAUGUAUCGGCUAAACAUCAGAUUGGAACUCUGGAUAACCUAGCUCUUCUCAACCAGGACGCGGAUGUGGUGUUCAGUGCCCCGCACAAAAUCGGUUCUCACAUCAAGUUUGCGCGGGAAAAAGGAAUUCAAAACGUCGUCUUCAACUCCCGUGAGGAAAUCAAGAAGAUUGUAAAGAAUUCCCCCAGCGCAAGGGUUUGGAUCCAGUUUGACUGUAGUCAAACUGCGAACCUGGUUGAGAUCAAGGAAUUGAUCCAGAUCUCCAUGGAGUCCGGACUUAACCUGGUCGGGAUCUAUCUGGAGAUCUCCACCCUGGAGGAGGAGCUAAACCAACUUCUCCAGUGGAUCCUGGUAUCCCGUAGUAUCCUAGACUGGAGCAGAGCCCAGGGAGCAGAAAUCAAACUAGUGCAUCUUGGAGAACUCGCCGGAACUUCAUUUUCUCACGGAUUUGUCUCCGACCUGAACUCCGCCUUGAACAAGGUGUUCCCUGCUUACCUUGGUAUCCGCCUCUCCGCCACCGCCUCCAAGUUCCUGGUCUCCCCGACCAUAACCCUGGCGGCGCGUAUCGUGAAGUUGGAUGACACCAAGACGGAGCUGAAGAACUACUUCAUCAACGAGGGAGUCUUCGGCGCCUUCAGCGGAAACCUCUGCAUUGAAGGGUGCGUGAGUACUCCGUAUCCUCUCGGCGGAGGAAAGGGGCGGAAGGGAAAUCGGUCCCAGGUUUACGACACCAAGAUAUUCGGUCCGUCCGGAGACGAGCUGGAUAUCAUCCUUGAGGACAUUCUUCUACCCGAACUCGAGAAGGAUGAUUGGCUCCUGUUUUCGGGGAUGGGAUGUCUCAACAACCUGGAGUUUAUCAACCACUCCAACGUGUCCGGGACCAGGAACUUCAUCUACAACAAGAUGGAGGAGGUGGAUGAGUGUUUCGAUCCUGCUAAACCCUGCUCCUGGGAGUUUAACUCCUGUCAGAGCAUUGAGAUAAACCUUGAUAACUUCGAAAUCUUAAAUUUUGCUUAAGUUCAGUGUUGACGGGGGACUUGAUCCUAUUUAUGAACUUAUUUACACACUCUUACAUAUAUUCAGUGUUUUGAACUGUUAUAUACUUGACAACAGUUCGAAUAGUUUAUUGAGAGGAUGGGGCUUAUACAUCCGUCCCAUCCGUACUUUGAUAAUAUUUAGCUACGGGAGUUAGUGAUACAAGUGAUGGAAGAAAAACUUUAAUUGUGACAGGGUAUUUUCGAGUCAGAAUUUUUUAAUAAAUGAUUAAAUAGAUUAAUAAAAUUUCAAUCUAAAGUACCCUGCUUACAAUGUUCAAUUAUGAAAGACUAU